AUGAUACGUCUGGGCGUUAAACGCGUCUUGGCGAGAAUGUGCCCGCGGGCGCGACGAGGGGCUGGCAAAGGCUCCCCGGGCGUGCAGGAGGGCGGCCUUCCCCGUGCCCCUCGCCGGUCCGGGCGGCGUUCGGGGCGCCCGAGUCUUGUGGGCGUGAAGUACCGCCGCAUUCGUCGGCCCGCAGCCGCGAAGAGCCCCGUCGGCGCUGCCGCUCUCGGGCGCGAGAGGCGUGGAAAGGGAAGGCGGCCGGUGGGGCGCGGGCGGAGAGAGGCUCAGCCCGGGAGGGGCGGGCGGCCUCGGCUGGAGUCCCCCGCGGCUGGGGCGAGGGCGAGGGCGAGGGCGGGAGAGGCUUGCGCCGCCGGGAACCCCUUCCGCUCCUCGCGCGUCGCCGGGGGCCCCCCGAGGGCUGGGCUGGGCGCGGGCAUGGCCGAGGCGGUGACCUACGCGGACCUGCGCUUCGCCAAGGGCGCCCCGCGCAAGAGCCGCCCGCCCGCCGACGGCCCCGCCGCCUCCCCGGCAGACGACGGCGAGGGCGAGCUCACCUACGAGAACUGCCCGCCGGCCCGGACCCGCCCGCAGCAGCCCCCGCGGGCGCCCGGGCCCGGCCGGCGGCGAAGGGGGCGCGUCCCGCUGCUGGCCCUGCUGGGCUCCUGCCUCUUCCUCUUGGCCACCUGCCUGGCGCUCGGCGUCCGAUACAGGCAGGUCUCCGGGGAGCUGCAGCGGGCAUCCCAGAGGCACGCAGCGGAGAGCGGCGCCCUGGGGCAGAGAAUCGGCAGCCGGGAGGAGGAGCUGGAGCGGUCCUUGGGGCAGCUCGACCAGGCCCGGGCCGAGCUCAGCGCCACCCGGCUGGCCCUCUGGGAGAGCUGGCGGGCGGGCAACGGCACUCAGCGGCGGCUGGAGGAAGAACUGACUCUCCUGCAGCGGGGCAAGGAGGAGGCCACCCGGCAGCUGGAGGAGGCCAGGAGGGUUCUGAAGCAGGUUGCAUCGUGCCAGAAGAAUCACUGCUGUCCCACUGGAUGGAAGCUCUUCAGUGAGAAAUGCCUGUGGGUUUCAACAGCAUGGAAAACUUGGGAAGGCAGCAAGCGAGAAUGUGAAAGCCAAUCAUCUCAGCUGCUGAUGCUGAAGCCCCGGGAUGCUGGCAACAGACAUGACGCUGCAGCAAUAAUGGUGCGAUGCAACUAG